CGAAAAUUCCGGCCGCCAACUCUGUCUCUGUUUUUCGCGGCAAAUUGUUCCUGGACGUUUGUUAUUUGUUCAACCUGAAUUCUUUGUAAUAUCUAUGAGAACUAGCAUUUGUCAUUCACUUUAUUAAAGCCACUUGUGAGAGUAAGCUGUCGUUGCUGUUAUGUAGUUACACACCUACGUAACACUACGAUUUUGUUUUCCGGAUACUUUGUAUUGUCUUGAACAAUGUCUCUCGUAACUGCAGAAAGCUUGAAAUCGGAGCUGGAGAUGUUUGACAUUGCUUGUCAAAGUGACACAAUUCUGGAUAAAAUGGUAGAGCAGUGUAUUUGUAACCGAAUACACGCGGAUGAAAUUGUGCUGGAAUGGGUUGCCUACAGCACCACAAAGAAUGGUCUGAAACUUACUAUGGAAACACUUGAACAAUUUGAACACGAGAUCCUGAACAAAAAAAGCAAAUCAAAACAAAGUUUUCGAAGAGAAGAGAUGCUCGGAAGAACCAGGGAUAUUCAUUCACUGCAGGAACUAAUCAAAGUGGAAGAGGAAGAGGAAAAUUUGCUUGAUUCCUAUUCUACCCCUGCUAAGGGCCAACAAAAGCGUGCAUUGACUACUCCUGAACAACCUCAGUCAAAAAGAAGUGCUGCUUUGCUUGCUAGUCCAGGACUGCUGUUGUCUCCUGCCAGUUUCUCUCCCAGUUUAACACCAUCACAAAAGUACAGCCAGCGUGGAGGUAAGGGGGAGGUUGUGGUCUCAUUUGGACUUGUACAAGGCACACGCUGGAUGGGCAGAAGCUCCCCUGGUGUUGGAGUGCAGCUGGAUCUGUUGGAAGGGCCAGAAGACGCUCUCACAAGCAGCUACAAAUUCAUGUUUCAGAGACUGCGGGAUAUUCGUAAUGUGUUGACUGAUAAGAUAGAGGAGUUAGGGGAAGGUCUAAAAUCUAAUUUUCACAUUGAAGAAUUCUCUCCAGUUUCUCUUCCUGCCCAGGAUACAAUAACUGUGCUUGGUCAAAUAUGUUGCGACAGCAAUGGGAAACUAAAUGCUCAUUCAGUUUUGCUGGAGGCAGGACCAGAACAAGGAGGCCAACAAAUACCUGUUGACUUAUCAGAACUUAAAGAGUAUUCUUUGUUUCCUGGUCAGGUUGUUGCAAUGGAGGGAAUGAACUCAACAGGAAGAAAACUGGUUGCUUCCAAACUUCAUGAGGCUGCCCCUCUACCGUUUUACACUCCAGUAAAAAUAGAAGUGAAGGAGGAGUCUCUCAAUGUUUUAGUAGCAUGUGGACCAUUCACUCCAUCUGAUACUUUAACAUACGACCCUCUACUUGACCUAAUAAAUGUAAUUUCAAGGGAUCGUCCGGAUGUUUGCUUACUGCUGGGGCCUUUUGUUGAUUCAAAACAUGAACAAAUUGAGAAAGCUCAGGUGACUGAAACUUUUGAUGCUAUUUUCUCGAGGUGUAUAGAAAGCAUUGUGGAUGGAACCAAAAGUGUUGGCUGUCGUUUAGUUUUUGUGCCCUCUCAAAGAGAUAUCCACCACUCCUUUGUUUAUCCACAGCCUCCGUUUACACUGACAAACCUCGACAAGGACCAGGCUCAGAGAGUGACACUUGUUCCUGAUCCCUGCACUUUGCUGAUUGAUGGUGUAAGUUUUGGCUUGACAUCGACAGACAUACUGUUUCACAUGGGUGCUGAGGAGAUUAGCAGUGGGACUGGAUCUGAUCGAUUCUCACGCAUUUUAAAGCACAUACUGACCCAGAGAAGCUACUAUCCACUGUACCCCCCUGUGGAAGAGGUGAAUAUGGACUAUGAGAAGUUUCAGAGCUAUGGUCAGAUGCCUCUCACCCCUGACAUCCUUAUUAUUCCUUCAGAGCUGCGCUACUUUAUAAAGGAUGUGGUGGGCUGCAUUUGUGUCAAUCCUGGACGUCUAACCAAAGGUCAGGUGGGAGGGACCUAUGGCAGGCUACUCAUUCAGCGCAGUGCCACCUCUGAGGAAGACAAACGAGUAAGCCCUUGUUUGGCUGCUCAGGUGGUAAAGAUCUAAAAAAAAAAAAAAUCUUGAACAUUAUUUUUGGAUUGCUCCCCCAUAAUUUGAAUCACAUGGCACAAUCUGAAUCUUUUUUUUUUUUCAAAGGUGGAUGUAUGUAAAAUAUUUACAAAUAAACCUC